GCCCAAACACCCAAAAUAACAACUUUACUAACAAAGGUUCUGAUACUACAAAUGAUAACUUCAACAACGAAGAUUCUGAUACUAUAAAUGACAACUUUAAUAAUAAAGCACUACAGAUAAUGAUUUCAACAACAACUUCAAUAACAAUUACGUCAAACUGCGAUUCUG